CCUCUUAUAAUUAAUUACUCUCUCACUACAAAUUUGCACACUUUUACACUCACACUCACACACUCUCUCUCUCUUUGAACCCCAAAACACAUUCAAUUUUCCAAAAUCACUUUCACUUCUUCUUUCAAUUCAAUGGAUUGCAACAAACGAAUAGCAUUUUCUGAACCCUUUUCAUCUCACACAAGAAAAGUGUUAUCUGGUUUCAGUUUAGGUGUUAUAGCUUCUCUCCUCUUUAUCACUCUUCUCUUCCUUAACUCUUCUUUCAAAUUCCCCAAACUUCAGCAACUCUUUCUUCAACGAUCUCAAUCCGAUUCAACUAACUCUUCUUGGCAUUACCCUUUUUCUACUUCCAACGCUUCAAUUACACCUCUUCACACAAUUCAACAAAAAGAUGAAAGUAGAAUCCGUGAACUGAAUGUCUCUAAAGAGGGUUUUCAGAAUACCCAUUUGGGGGAUUUUGAGUUAGAUCGUUACAAUGCGAGUUUUCAAACACGUUUUGGUAAUGGAAAUUUAACGGACCCUAAUGGGGUUGCUAAAGUUGGAAACUUUUUGAAUGGGGGAAGUGAAAUUGUUGCAAAAAAUUCAAGUGUUUCUGUGAAUGUGGAGAAAACUAUGGAAGGGGAAACAGAGAAGAAGAGUGAGAAAGUUGGGAAUUUUGAUUAUGAAAAGUGUAAUAUAUUUGAUGGGAAUUGGGUGAGAGAUGAUUCAAAGCCAUAUUACCCUUUGGGUUCUUGUCCAUUUGUGGAUAGGGAUUUUGAUUGUCAUCUUAAUGGUAGGCCUGAUAGUGAUUAUGUUAAGUGGAAAUGGAAACCAAAUGGAUGCGACAUUCCAAGUUUAAAUGCAACUGAUUUUCUGGAAAAGUUGCGAGGAAGGAGGUUGGUUUUCGUUGGGGAUUCACUGAACAGGAACAUGUGGGAGUCGAUGGUGUGUAUCCUACGUCAAAGCAUCAGCAACAUGAAACGUGUUUAUGAAAUUUCAGGAAGAACAGAAUUUAAGAAGAAAGGUGUCUAUGCUUUUAGAUUUGAGGAUUAUAAUUGUUCAGUAGAUUUUGUGAGUUCACCGUUUAUUGUUAGAGAGUCAACUUUCAAAGGCAAAAACGGGUCGUUUGAGACCUUGAGAUUGGAUUUGAUGGACCAGACAACUACCACAUAUCAUGAUGCUGACAUCAUAGUCUUCAAUACAGGGCAUUGGUGGACCCAUGAGAAAACAUCUAAGGGAGAAGACUAUUAUCAAGAAGGCAACCAUGUAUAUCCAAGACUCAAAGUUCUGGAUGCAUAUAAAAGGGCAUUGACCACUUGGGCUAGAUGGAUCGACAACAAUAUCGACGUAAAUCGAACUCAGGUUUUCUUCAGAGGAUACUCAGUUACUCAUUUCAGGGGUGGACAAUGGAAUUCAGGAGGACAGUGCCACAAAGAAACUGAGCCAAUAUUUAAAGGAGCUCACUUACGUAAAUACCCGUCGAAAAUGAGGGCUCUAGAUUACGUCAUCCCAAAGAUGAAAACACCGGUGAUUUAUAUGAACAUAAGUAGGAUGACAGAUUACAGAAAAGAUGGUCAUCCUUCUAUAUACAGAAUGGAAUACAAGACCGAAGCAGAACGAACCGCUGCAGAGCAACACCAAGAUUGUAGCCAUUGGUGCUUACCAGGAGUACCAGAUACCUGGAAUGAAUUACUAUAUGCUUCUCUCUUAAAGUAUGGUAAAGGCAUUUGGAAAACCUGAGCGAAACUCGUCAAAAUCAUCGCAUACCACGUUCGUAGUUCUAAUACACGUUUAGUUCGAAUUUCAACUCAUGUAUAUCCUUGGUUUCCUCAAAUUGAUUUAUAGUUUGUGCAGGUGAUUAAUUAGAGUUACAAGUUUAUAUGUAUUUUGUUGUGUAUUCAUCAUCUAGUUGCAGACAAACACAGUUGGCAUGAUAUUAUAUUACUAUGAAAGCUGUAGAAUUUGUUGAUUAAAGGCUUGAUUUGAUUCUUUGCA